UGUACUGUAGGUGACAGCAGCCCUCGGGUUUUCUGCUGGGAUACAAGUGGCUCCGGUGUAGAAACUGGAGAAUGAAGUAGAACACAUCAUCCAGACUGGACCAUUUGGCUUCUUUGGCUUAAGACAUGAUGGGCGCAGACCUGGCCACAACAUCAUUCUUCAUGUGUCGCCACGAGGCCUUUCUUCACCUGCUGUACAACCAAGUGAACGCUGGUUCUCUCCAAAUUAAACAUGGGUGUGAAUAUGGGAUUGGCACCAACACCCCUUGACGUUCCUGUGACUCCAAAAUGGAUCCUUCAUCCUUUGGUUCUUGGACCUGAUCCACCCAAAGACGCAUAAUAAACUGUCCCAAAAAUGGCGAGCCUCCCCAAGGAACCCCCGGAGGAUCCCAAGAAAGAGAGCUUCUGGAUGCCAGGAAAGUAUGUUAAUACAGUGCACAGAACUGAGCAUUCCUACCAGGCCUGCAACGACCUCAUGGCCUGCUUCGUGGAGAGAGCAAAGGUAGAAAAACAGUACGCUCAGCAGCUCAGCCAGUGGAGCAGCAAGUGGAAGUCUAUAGUGGAUUCUCGGCCACUUUAUGGCUCCCUGAUGAGGGCGUGGCAGUGUUUCUUCACCUCCACGGAGCGUUUGUCCGAACUCCACUCCUCCAUCUCCCAGUCACUGGUAACAGAUGAAGGGCAGCGGGUGAAGACCUGGCAGAAGAAGACCUUUCCAAGGAAAAUCUUCUGUGGGUUCAAGGAGAGCUACGACAACAACACAAGCUUUUCACGAGCCCAAAAACCCUGGUCUAAAAAGCUGACAAAGCUGGAGUCGGCCAGAGUUGCAUACCACAAGUGUUGUCAGAAGGAGCAGGCGGCAAUGGACAAAGAAAAACAAGCAAAUGAAAACUCUGAGAUGAGUCCAGAGAAGAAGCAGAAGAUCAUGGAGGCCAGGGAGAGAGCAACAGAGGAGAAAGAAAAGACCAGAGAGCGCUACGAGAAGAUGCUGGAGGACGUGAGCUCCUACACUCCUCGCUACAUGGAGGAGAUGGAGGCCAUCUUUGAGCAGUCGCAGGAGGAGGAGAAGAAGAGGAUCAGCUUUCUGAGGGAAGUCUUCCUCUCCAUCCACAGUCAUCUGGACAUCACCAACAAUGAGAGUGUGAAGGCCGUCUACAGUGAACUCCACGACACCCUGAUGGCCAUCAAUGACCAGGAUGAUCUCAAGUGGUGGAAAAACAACCACGGUCCAGGGAUGCCCACUGACUGGCCCAAGAUUCAGGAAUGGCUGCCACCAGUGAAAAAGCUGAACAGAAAGAAAAGAGACCAGAAGAGAAAAGAGAGCAGACCUGUAAUGAUCGGUGGUGUAAAGGUACGAGCGCUUUAUGACUAUGUCGGGGAGGAGACUGAUGAGCUGUCCUUUAAAUCAGGUGAAGUGUUCCUGAAGGUGGAGGAGGAGGACGACCAGGGUUGGUGUCGAGGAGUACUCAGCACCGGGAAGGAAGGCUUCUACCCGGCCAAUUAUGUUGAAGUUGCAGAGUAAUGUCACACUGCUCUCUUUUGUUUUUAAAUCUUCUGUUGAAAAGAUAACAAUCACCAUUUGACGUCAGAGAUGUUUGUGAAGCCACGUGACGUCAGACAAUAGUAAUCUGUUCCCUAAAACGUUUUAACCUGUUUACUUUAAGUAAAAAUAACUUAUCAAAGAC